UCUAGUAGUCGCGUGUUCGCACACAAAUUGCAAUUUUGCUGUCGUUUUUAAAUUAACUGAAAUUGACAGGGAGCGCUGCAAAAGGGCGAGGGACAAUCGCACGCGGUUGAGGCCUGCGAUCUGCACAGGAAAUGCAAACUUGCACUGCAAGUAGCAAUUAUUGCACUUGAUACAUUUCGCUUUCGAAUGCUGAGAAACUAGAAGAGGUGUAAAGUCCCAGCUAGAAGGAGACGAUAACUCGCUUCCCCUGGGGAACACACAGCCCACAGAUUUGAUCGGAUCUAUAUAUAGGAUAUAGAGGAAAAUCUAUAUAUUGUACACAAGGACGCAGUGGACAUAGAAGGAAGGACGAAGCGAAAGAGAGACGCGCCCCUCUCGUUUCCCGCCCAGCCAACAGCAGUGUGAAACCGUCUUGAAUGGAUCCAUUUGUUGGCUGGUUUCAGAAGGAACAGGAGGGACCAUCGCUGCGCACAUGGUUAAAGAUUUGGGAGACGAAUGCCCAGGAGAUGGGCGCAUUGCUUGAUCAACAGCUACAGCAGGCGACGACGACCAACGGCAGCAUUAGCAGCAGCAGCAACAACAGCAGUGGUAACAACAGCAGUAACUCGACCAACAAUAUUGGUAACAAUUCAACGGGCAAACCCUACUUAUCGCGACCCAACAGCUCGCUAAACCGGGUGCUCAACUUCCGAGCGGAUUCGCUGGAGGUCCUGCAGCAGCAGCAGCAACUCAACGGGACCACGCAGCGUCACAGCAGCAACAUCACCACCAGCGGCACCAACAGCAGCAACAACAACAGCGGCAGCACCACCAGCUCGUCGGCUGACUCCACCACAAAUCGGGACAAUAACUCACCCGCGAACAGCAGUUCAACCAACGGACCCGUAACAGGAGGUGGCACAGCAGGAGCAGGAGGAACCGUCACCAAUAGCCCGGCCACCACAGCGGCAGGCUCAGCCGCGACCACGACUGGUCCAGCCACCAGUAUGAGCGACACCAGCAACAACCCGCCACAGACAACGACCACGCCCGCCAGCCGCACGAACAGCAUCUACUACAAUCCGUCGCGCAAGAAACGCCCGGAGAACAAGGCCGGCGGCGCCCAUUACUAUAUGAACAACCACAUGGAGAUGAUCGCCAAGUACAAGGGCGAGCCGUGGCGCAAACAAGACUAUCCCUAUGGCGAGGGCGUUAUCGGGCUGCACGAGGAGAUUGAGCACUUCUACCAAUACGUCCUACCCACGCCCUGCGAACACGCCAUCCGUAACGAGGUGGUCAAGCGCAUCGAGGCCGUUGUCCAUUCCAUCUGGCCACAGGCGGUGGUCGAGAUCUUUGGUUCCUUCCGUACCGGCCUCUUUUUGCCCACCUCCGACAUUGAUCUCGUUGUGCUAGGUUUGUGGGAGAAACUGCCCCUGCGCACGCUGGAAUUCGAGUUGGUGAGCCGCGGCAUCGCCGAGGCUUGCACCGUGCGUGUACUGGACAAGGCAUCCGUGCCCAUUAUCAAGCUGACGGACCGGGAAACGCAGGUGAAGGUAGACAUAUCGUUCAAUAUGCAGAGCGGCGUGCAGUCGGCGGAGCUUAUUAAGAAGUUUAAGCGUGACUAUCCAGUGUUGGGGAAGCUUGUGCUGGUGCUCAAGCAGUUCCUACUGCUCCGCGAUCUCAACGAGGUGUUCACGGGUGGCAUCUCCUCCUACUCGCUGAUCCUCAUGUGCAUCAGCUUCCUGCAGAUGCAUCCGCGCGGCAUCUACCACGACACAGCCAAUCUGGGGGUGCUGCUCCUCGAGUUCUUCGAGCUUUACGGCCGUCGGUUUAACUACAUGAAGAUCGGAAUCUCCAUUAAGAACGGUGGUCGUUACAUGCCCAAGGAUGAGCUGCAGCGCGACAUGGUCGACGGGCAUCGGCCGUCGCUUUUGUGUAUCGAGGAUCCGCUGACGCCGGGCAACGACAUCGGACGUAGCAGCUACGGUGUCUUCCAGGUCCAACAGGCUUUUAAAUGCGCCUACCGCGUGCUCGCCCUCGCCGUUAGUCCGCUUAACCUCCUCGGCAUCGAUCCACGCGUGGAUUCCAUACUGGGUCGAAUAAUCCACAUCACCGACGACGUAAUCGACUACCGCGAAUGGAUCCGCGAGAACUUCGAGCACCUGGUGGUGGUGGACCGCAUCUCGCCGCUGCCCACUGCCGCUCCCACUGCUUACGCCGCCACGAAUGGGGCGCCCAAAUAUGUGAUCAUGCCCUCGGGCGCCGUUGUCCAGCAGCUGUACCACCAUCCGGUGCAGGUGCCCACCGCUCAUGGGCACAGCCAUGCGCACAGCCAUAGUCACGGGCACGCGCAUCCCGGUGGCCAUUUGGUUGGCGGCCAGCCGUAUGUGACCGGGACUGUCGCCUCUGUCGCGACAACGACGACGACGGCGGCGGUGGUGGGCGUGGGCGUGUCAGCCGGCGGAGCCCAACAGCAGCAGCAGCAGCAACAGAAUGCGUCGAGCCAUUCCCAUGCGCAGCAGCAGCAGUCGCAGAACCAAUCGCAGUCGCGUCACAGACGUGGCAGCACCUCGUCGGGAAAUGACUCCGAGGACAGCAAAGACUGCGAUGUGGUCGAGACGACGUCGGGUGCUCCGGAGAUCAUCGACAUCACGCUGUCGCCGCCGAAUGGCCUGGUCUCCAUGACCAUGCCGCUGCCGUUGCUCGCCGUGGGCAUGCCCUCGUCGAGCAGUUGGAGCGGCAACGGUAAUGGCAAUGGGACUGGCAACGGCGGUAGUGGAAGCGGAAACGGAAACAGCAGCUCAUCAACGGGCUCGUCGCCGGAAAUCGUUCACAUCGCUGGCCAGGAGAUGGACCCAGAGCUGGAGGAUCAACCGCAGCAGCAUCACCAAGAGACUUCCGGAGUUAGUGCCUCCACCGGAGGCGGUGGUCAUGGCAGUGGCUCCGGAUCGGGCUCCUCGGGCAGGGCAGGCGGAGACGGCAGUGGUGGACGCAACUACAACCAGCGGGGCAACCACAAUUCCAACGGCUACUACCACCAGCAGUACUACGUGCCACCGCCGAUGCAGCAGCAGCUGAGCAAGUCCAACUCUAACUCCUCCUCCUCCAACUAUCACCAGCAGCACCAUCACAGCCAUAGCAACCAUAGCAACCAUAGUCACCGGCAGCAGCAUCACCACCAGCAGCAGCAUCACCAGCAGCGGCCGCAGCAUCUGCGGUUGGGCGGCGGCAAUCGCUACCAGAAAUCGGUGGGCGGAUCGCCGACCAUCAGUGCCGGCAAUGCGUCGAACAGCAGCAGCAACAGUAGCAACAGUAGCACCAGCGGCAGCAACAACAACAACAGUCGACUGCCGCCGCUGCGGGGAACGCUGGUGAACUCGUCGUCGGCCAUAUCAAUCAUUUCCAUAUCCUCAGAAUCAUCCAUUGCCAGCAGCAGCUCCAGCUCCUCGCGAUCCGGGCAGGAUCAGCAGCAGAACGAGCGGGAUGAGCGAUAGGAUUAGGAUAUAGGAAGUGAUACUGAAUGUGAAUGUGUGAGAGAGAAAGAGAUAGUUACAAGUUAGCAAUAUUUAUGGAUUAUAUUUCUUUCUCAGGUUUAACUGCAAACUAUGCUGCAUUUUUCUAAUUAAUACCCCGACCCUGCUCCCCCAACUACCCUUUCUCCCUGCUCCCUGCUACACCAUAAGCCCAACAAACUAAUGUUUAGACUUUAUUUUACAUUGCUGUCUCGCUUAAAUUAGAGGAGCGAAGAAAACCUAUUAAGCUUAGUAUUAGGAACUUUGCCUCUGAUUUCGCUAAAUGUAUUUCAUUUUGUUUCUAAAAUAAACAUGAAAGCAAAAAAAAGAAUAUAUAUAUAGAUAUAUAUUAGAUAAAAACGGUAUAAAUAUAAAUGUAAACUCAUAAUUAGAUUGUAAUGGUUUAAAAGAGCGAUAAACUGAAGUAUGAAAUUAGCUGCUAACAUAAGGUCCGCAAACAUAUGUUUCUAUAUAUCUCUAGAGCUCCACAUCUUCCCAUCCCCGUUUUACCCCUAUGAUCACGCGCAUUAUAAAUUGUAAAGUACCAUGUAGUUUCGAAAAUGCUCUACGUUUUAAGCAAAUAUUUUGUAAACUAAAAAUUCGCCCUCCAUGCCCCCCACCCAAAAAAAAAAAUAACAAAAACGGAAAUCCUGCGCGCAUUUCUUACGCUAAUAUUACUAAGUGAAUAUGCGCGCAAACUGUAAAAAAAAGCAACAUAAAAAAAGCUAAAACUCCCAUUUUCCUAGAAACUAUAAUGCGCCAUCUCUCCUCCUCCCUUGUAACUCCCACUCCCGAAAACUUUUAUUAUUUCAAGUUAAUUUUAUAUCUGAAAUGUAAAUGUUUUUAUGAUUACCUUAUUACUAUUAUUAUUUUGAUGCUUAUUAGUCUUUACAACACUGCUCAAAGAAUAGUGAGCCUAUUAAAAUUGUACAAACAUAUUGCCAGACCUUAGGCAAUUGUGUUUCUAAGCAAAGGCAAACAAAAAAACCAACACAAAAACGACAAAAAAAAAGAACAAACCUACAACAAGAAACGCAUCUUUUGUUUAAACUUAUUUACGUUUUACCGAUUAUUAUGAUUAUGCAAUGUUGUGCAUUUCGCAUAGAUUCCUGCCAUUUGUUUUGUAUAGUUCUCAAAGCUCUGUAAAUACUUAGUUACCGCCCACUGUGACACCCCACCCCACCCACCACGCCCCCCUCUAAACGCACUGCCAUUUUGAGAAAGGUUUUUAAAAAACACGUCGAAAAGGAGCUAGCAGAAGAGUAGAAAAGAACAUUUAGACUUUGUACAUGUAUAACAUUUUAGGCUGUUCUUCUUUCCAUUUGUAAGAGAAAACAAAGAAAGCAAAACAAAAAUACCAAACAAGAAACAAAAAGCGAACUAAUUGUAAAAUCACUUAAAUAGUCUACGAAUAUGUUUGUCAAUCGUUUUGUACGCGAGUCCUGAACGCAGAGAUACAUUUCGGAUCUUAAAUGCUAGGCAGCAAUAUUUAAAUUUUUUAUUUAAGAGUACAACUUCCUUUUCUGAUUCAUAUGAGAUCGUAAAUGACAAAAACAAAACAAAAAACAGCUUUAGGAUGUACGUCAAAUGUUGCAAUAUUUUAAUGUUUAUUUCUUGUGUUGUGUGUAAAAGCUUUUUUAUAUCGUUGAUCUAGUGGGUUCCGGCGGAGUUUUGUAAACAAGAUGUACACGAAACUUUUAAAUUUGCCUAUUAAUUCAUUUUAAUAAUUAAAAAAUAAUGUUUUUGUUUUCGGUUCUUAUAUACUGAUUUUCACUUUCGCUUUUUUUCUCUUCAAAAUUGACAUUUUAAGCUUGUUUGUGAAAUAUGAGCUCAGAGUACAUAGCGUUAAAUCUGAAAUGUCGAACCUGAAGUGUUUAAAACCCUAAUUAAAGAUGAGUUUCCAUUGUGAACUACAAGUGAAAGUGAAAAACGGAACUUGAACAAAAAAAAGUACUAAAUAAUUUAAGUUUUACAUGUAUUCCUUGAAGAACUUGGUUUUUCAGUCAUUUAUGAUCCUUAGUGUUUCGGAAGAAAUGAGGUUGGUACUAUAAUUUUUUUUUCUGUUGCCUAGUGUGAUUAAGCGAUGUCCAGUGUUGGCAAAUGCCGAAGGUGCUCUCUCCCUUUCGCACGAAGACUCCUACAAGCUUGCAGCUGAGCUUUAAAGCCCACCUUACACACUUUCUCACUCACUCACAUCACAAACAUACACACCCACACCACACAGGAGCAUAAGCACACAAACACAGACACCCAGACCGAGAGGGACACGACGCAUAACGGUAAAGUUAGCAUAGAAAGUUGAAGAAAAGAAGGCAAGGAGCCGUAAGUGAGAAUGAGAUAGCUAUAGAGCGAGGGAGUGUAAAGGUAUAAGAAUUAUUAAAUUUAUGCACUCGUCUGUUGAAUAUUUAUAUGAAUUAUAUGUAUGUAGUUACUAAUAUUAACUAAUUGAUAAAUAUACAAUAUUUAUAUGCAUAACUUGUGGAUUAAUGUGGAGAAACAAAUGUUUAGAAUUAGCGAUCUAGCCACGUAAGACUCGUAAAUCGUAAAUCGUAAAUCGAAAACUACUUAGACUACAUAACUGUGUACCAGAGCAUAUGAAAGCACACAAAGAUACCCCACAACACAAACACAACUCACGCAUAAUCGCUAUGGAUGUUGAGGUUAUGUCGUAGAUUUUUCAAUAUUGAUCACUGUUCGCUUAGCCUAGCAAGUAAGCCCAAGAACUAACUGUAAAACUAACUCAUUUCUUUACUGGAUUCCAUGCGUCUCGUCCUUUGUCCUUUGUCCUUUGCCCCUUAUCCAUUGCCCCUCGUUUUCGUUUGCGUAAUCGUUUCGAUUUUUGAUUCCAAUCCAAUCCCAAACUAUUCUAAUUCGCAUUCGCUCUUCCUUCCAUAAUACGCAUAUGUCCUGUGUGCCGUUGUUGUUAUAUAUACACAAGCAUAUACUCGAAAACAUUUUUUUGUCGUCGCGAUAUUAGAGGGUAUUAAUAAAUUAAAUUAAAUUUAAUUAACUACAUUUAACGCAACUAAAUUCAAUUCAAGUGAAUCAAAUGAAUCGAUCGAUACAUGUAUAUGAUAGAGUUCAAUAGCUGUGUAAGAAUCGGAAUCGUAACAAUUUAGUAAGCAAAAAUCGUAAACCUAACUGAUUGUAUAAUUAGCGAAAAGAGAAAACGGAAGCGAUAAGCAAAACGAUGCGACAAAUAAAAGCCGGCAAAAACUAAAA